AAAACCUUUCCGGGCGCGCUUCAGAAACCCAGCGGUCGUGGCUGCCGGGGCGGUUUUUCGGUCUGCUCCGAAGGUGGAGUAACUAAGAAUGAGCGGAACCCUGGGAAAGGUACUGGGCCUGUGGAAAGAUGCUGUUUCUAAGCAAACCUUUUCUCUCCUGAGAUUCAGAAUUUUGAGAGAGAAUCCCAUUUGUUCUGCAGGUGGUGUUGUUCUGAGGUCCAGUCGGUACUACAGGACAAAGCCUACUCAUGGCAUUGGCAGAUACAGACACUUGGUGAAAGUGCCAGAGCCUAAAAAGAAGAAAGCAAAAGUGGACGUGAGAGCCAUUAAUCUGGGGACAGAUUAUGAAUAUGGUGUUUUAAAUAUUCACUUGACUGCUUAUGACAUGACUCUGGCAGAAAGCUAUGCCCAGUAUGUCCACCGCCUCUGCAACCGGCUCUCUAUCAAAGUUGAGGAAAGUUACGCGAUGCCCACCAAAACCAUGGAGGUGAUGAGGCUACCAGACCAAGGCAACAAAAUGGUCCUAGACUCAGUCCUUACCACCCAUGAGCGAGUGGUUCAGAUCAGUGGUCUGAGUGCUACGUUUGCAGAGAUUUUCUUGGAAAUACUCCAAAGCAGUCUUCCAGAAGGAGUCAAGUUGUCAGUGAGGGAGCACACCGAAGAAGACUUCAAGGGAAGGUUCAAAGCUCGGCCAGAACUGGAGGAAUUGUUGGCCAAGUUGAACUAAACACUGCAAGCCCUCUCAUGCCAUCAUCGGCCUCAGAGAAACUCUUCCUGCAUGAAGAGAAAAGCCAAGAGAGUGAGUGCGCAUACUGGGAGCCCCUCCUGUGUCUGUGGCGUGCAGUGCUCGCCAGUUACCACUUACCUAAUAAAAUUUGCUAUUAUUAUUGUGUGUGUAUGUAGCAAUUAUCCUGUAAAAUUUUUUGUUUUGUUUUUUGAGACAGGGUUUCUCUGUGUAACAGUCCUGGCUGUCCUGGAACUAGCUCUGUAGACCAGGCUAGUGUCAAACUGUCUUUAAGGAAUUCUGUUUCUCCUUGUCUAAACAUGUUUUCAUUCCACCUUACUUUUUCAGUUAGUGUAAACUCAUGUUUUAAAGCAAUCUAGUAUAAGCUAAUCGUUUAUGUGUUUGUUUGUUUGAGUCAAUGUCUCUAUGUAGCCCUUGACUGUUUUGGAACUUGCUCUAUAGACAAGGGUAGCCUCAAAUGCACAGAAAUCCACCUACCUCCUUGCC